AUGUCUGCUGUAGACCAACUCCUCGGUAGUGUGCUCGUUGGUAUAUUUAUCGCCGCGAUUUUGUACGGAAUCACGACCACACAGGCCUUUGUAUAUUAUCAGAACUACCCGAAUGACCAGAAGCUGCUGAAAUGGAUGGUGGGGCUCAUAUGGUUUCUGGAGACCCUCCAUACAGGCUUUUGCAUCGACUUCAUCUAUAAAUAUGUGAUCACGGAAUAUGGGAAUGCUCCGUUUAUGAAUGUCAUCUACUGGAGCGGUGGGAUUACAGUGAUAAUCGGGGUGCUCGUCGCUGCACUAGUCCACGGCUACUACGUCCGGCGGGUGUGGAUAUUGAGUGACCGGAAUACCAUCUUGACCGCCGUUGUCACUUUCCUUGCGGUCCUACGGUUCGGUGACUACACCUUGAGUGAAUGGAGCGUAUUCCGCACGCGGAAGCUUCCCUUGAUGACCCUCGCUGGUGGCCUCUCAUCCGCCGCGGCAGUCGAUUUACUCGUGGCUGGAGCCUUGUGCUAUUUCUUAGAGAGGAACCGUACAGGAUUCCAGCGAUCCGACAGCCGUAUCAACCUGCUAAUGGCGUACAUAAUCAACACCGGUGCAUUAACGACGGUAUUCUCCCUCAUCAUCGUGAUCACAUUCGCCGCGAUGAACGGCAGCCUCGUCUUCCUCGCGUUCGUGGAGAUCCAGAGCAAGCUGUACGCCAACUCCUUCCUCGCGUCGCUCAACGCGCGGCGGAAGCUCAUGAACAGCGGCGCGCGCGGCGCGAACGGGUACCCCACGUACGAGCUCAGCAACGGCGGGCGCUCGCACAUUCGCUCGAACACCACAGGGCCUGUGCUGACGGAUGGACGGGUGCAGAUCGAGAUAUUCCACGAGACGACGCGGAUCGUCGACAGCCCGAUGUCGCCGACCAAGUCGGUCAUGAGUAUGGGCAAGGAGGCGUACGCCAUCUAG